AUGAAUAGAGAGCAGCGCGUGAGCGUCAAGCAGGAGCAUCCGAAGAACAGUCCGACAAUUGCGGAAGCCGUCCGUGGCCUGCACAACUCCGAGACGAACCACAGGCGCUAUGAUGCUGGGCAGGGACUGUGUUCGCCUUAUAAUGCAGCGGUCACAUCGUUUUUGGUCGGAGCUCUGCUGCACGCAAGCCCGGAUUGGGUUUCUAGUGCUGAUUGGGGUGUGAGUUACAAUCCUACACACAUCUGUGCACUAAACGACUCAACAGUGAUCAUGAGAUGCACUUAUACAUACCCUACUGGACAUCAGAUCAAGAAAGUGUUCUGGACCAAAACAAAAGAUAAAGAGAAGCAUGAAGAGUUUCCAGAUCUGUCUGAGGACCCUGAAUACAGUCAGAGGCUUCAGUAUCUGGGAGAUAAACAGCAGGACUGCACCGUCAGACUGAGUCAUGUGACACUGAAGGAUUCACACAUGUAUUAUUUCAGAUUCAUCACUGAUAAAGUGGACAAAAAAUGGAUUGGUAAAUCUGGAAUGUCUCUUACUGUCACAGAUCUUCAGGUGGAGUCUCCUGACAAUGUGACAGAGGGAGAUUCAGUCAGUCUGACAUGUAAAAGCAGCUGCACUCUGACUGACAGAGCAACAUUCAUCUGGAACAGAAACUCACAGCCAUUAACUGAGAGAAGAGACAGAAACAAUGAACUCCUGCUGCAGUCAGUCAGAAGAGAGGAUUCAGGCAGAUAUAGCUGUGCUGUAGACGGACACACACACGUCUCUCCUGAUGUUCACCUCAAUGUCCACUGGUUGUCCUCCUUUCAUGACCCACCGAGGAACGUCUCAGUGUUGAUAAAUGGAUCUGGUGAAAUAGUGGAGGGAGAUUCGGUGACUCUGAAGUGCAUCAGUGACUCAAACCCUUCUGCUCUGAACUUCAGCUGGUUUAAGGAGAAUGAAAGCUCAGCUGUUGGAUCUGGACAGAGUUUCAGUGCACUACAGAGUGGACGCUUCUACUGUCAGGCUCACAAUCAACAUGGAUCUCAGAGAUCAGACGCUGUAACAGUCACAGGUGAAGCUUUUAUUAACACACUCCUGUAUCUUCACAUCAUUCAUCAGUUUGGAGAGUUAUUCAUGAUGAUCUUCCUCUUUCAGUUCAUCACAUUGCUGGUAGGAAUGUGA